AUGUUUCUGGGUGAUUUCUAGUUAUUGCAAUUUUUGCUGAGGAAUAUUUCACGAUAAACCGUUUAUUCUGUUAUUUCUUAUCCUAAUAUACACGUUAUCCCUCUUGUAAUCUUAAUUUUUAUAUAUUAUUUUGCCCUCUGAAUAUUUUCAAGACUCGUUAUUUUUAUCAAAAGCAACGUUGAACAGUUUUUUUUAUUGAUGUUUUAGAUGAAAUUAAUUGUCUUUGUUCAUAUCGUGUAGAAAAGUUUAUAGAAAUCGUAAAAUUCCAUGAAAUGUAUUAAUAGACAUUUCUUCGCAUUCCUUAAAAUUUUUAUUAAAAAAUAUUUGAAUCAUCAUUAUUUAGUAUUUUAAUAUUUUGGUACGUGUACAAAAUUAAUAAACACAAAAUAAAGUGAUAAUUUUAAUAUGAUCAAUUAUAUAUUAUUUUACCUAAUUUCUUUAUGUAGUGUAUUUAAUUAUUUUAUUCGUUAAUCUUGUCAUUUAUGAUACGAAUAAUAUCUAUCGUUUGUUUUAUAGCGAGGUUUGUAAGGCCUUAAAUAAGAACCGCGGUUUAUACGGGCGCUGGACGGAAUUGCAGGAUGUUGUUGUCACAAGUUCUACCCCACUUUUGGAUAACAGUCCUGCUCGAGUUCCUGUCAAUCAUGGCACAACAAAGUACAGUAAAUUGGAAAAUGAAAUUGAUAGCCCAAAUAGACAGUUUUUGAAUGACACGUUACAACAACAAAAUGAUAUGAUAAGGCAACAAGAUGAACAACUAGAUAUGAUAGGUGAAAGCAUUGGAACGCUUAAAACAGUAUCCAGACAAAUUAAUACUGAAUUAGAUGAACAAGCAGUUAUGCUAGAUGAAUUUGGUAAUGAGUUGGAGGUGACGGAUUCUAAACUCGAUGCAACAAUGAAAAAAAUGGCCAAAGUUCUUCAUAUGAGUAAUGGUAAUUAUAAUAAUUACAUUCCUGCUCCUACUACUGCAACAUCUAGUGUUUCUGAUCUUGCCUCUAAACCUUCUUCUCUAUCAUCCUUAUCAAAUACAAUAACUAAU